AGAAACUCCCCUUGCACUGCCCACCAGGUUCUGAUAUCGAACAAUAGGACGACUGUGCAAGCGACCAACACGGAAACUCUAGCAGCAGACACAGAAACUCGGGGGUAUAGCAAAUCUUUGGAUCUAACUUGUUGACGUUCUCGAGCGGACGAGACUACUAGGGCAAGAACUAUGAUGAACGGGGGAAAAGAAGCGAAAGUGAGUAAUCAUCGUGUCCGCCAAGACGCUGUAAUACUCUUGUGCGUUUCAUUGUUCCUCACGAUUAAACUUCUCGCCUUUUCCAGCCAUCAGUCUCGAACGACGCAGCCACCAAUAUCAGGAACCUUUCGACUCAGGUAAGCGCCACCCUUUGUUUCGACCCAUUUCAAUCGCUAUUUCCUGUAUCUCUACUGCAACGGUCAUGUCUGCCACUGCUGAGCCUGGCGUGCGUCCAAGACAUCGCAGCUGGCUAGCGUGGCACGGUUCGCAGAAGGACGCUGCAAAGGACAUACCCAGACCAACCCUUCUCUUGGACACAGGGUUGACGUCCCCAAUAGAGGGACUCGAGCAGACCUUCCAUUCUGCAGACCCAGGUGCGAGCGAUCCGCGCUGUGAGCCAAGCUCAAAGACCUCACGGCCUAGCACACCGAAACGCAGCUCUAUUUCUUCCUUCUCUCACCUCCUUUCUUUGCACUCAUCUCCUCAUUCCUCUGUUUCUCAUCUACAGCAGUAUGAGCAGAGUUUACCAAACAAUGCUGCAUCAUCGUCCUCUGCUACAUUGUCGUCCUCGACCGCCACCGUGAAAUCACCUGAACUGAUCACUCGCACCUCCGGAUCCUUCGGCAAGAUAUCUUUUAACUCCAUGAUAGGGGGUCUUUCCGCACUGUCUCUGACUCGCACGAACACGUCAACGAACGACGACAAAGACAAGGAAACUCGCGGACGCACCGCAAACAAACGGAAGGCUCGCUCCUCGUCUUUUGUACUUCCGUCUUAUACAAAAGAUAAAGAUAAGGAUAAGGACACAGCAUCUGUAGCUUCCAAGGAAUCCAUCCGUGCUCGCUCGUCAUCUCCCUUCAGUCUUCGCCGUUUCCGUCCCCGCGAUCGUGAUGCAUCUCCUACUCCUCUUCCCCUCGAGGAAUCGGACUGCGACUCUGUCACUUCACGACGUACACUUGCUGUCCGACCCCGCAAUGCUUUCACAGAUGAUCCGGAUUCAGGUUCAGAGUACGCUGGGGAAGAAACGGAGGAUGACGAUGAUGAUUGGAGCGAUGACACCGCGGGCAUGUUUGAUAUCGUCACCGAGAGGAACACAGAGCAGAAUGCGCUUAUUGCCGCCCAUGAGAUUCCAACAGGAGAGCUAGACCCUGACGACGUCGCUAUGGAUCCCGAUCCAUUGGGUGAAGGUGUCAAUGUUGUUGUGCCACCCGAACCCUAUUUUCCAUCUACUCUGAACCGGACGAGUUUCACCUCGAUUAAAGGCAAGCGUGGGGGUGCUAAGCGAAGGAAGUCUCGGCAUCAUGACACUCUUCCUCUGAAGACCUCUCGUCCACUAUUCCAGCGUGAUCGGUGCACGAUCACUAUGACUCAGGGCGAGCCAGAGGCAUCAGCAAGACGGAGGCGGAUGUACAUUGUCGCUAGUGACCUCAGCGAGGAGAGUCGUUAUGCUGUUGAGUGGGGUAUCGGCACAGUAAUUCGAGAUGGUGAUCAUUUGCUCAUCGUUACGGUCGUCGAAAACGAGGCCAAAGUUGACCCGCCUAUCCCCAACCCAGCGGACCGUACCACCAGACUUCGUUCUCAACAGGAACGUCAAGGCCUUGCCUACAUCCUCGUCCGUCAAGCAACAUCGCUCUUGCAGCGCACACACUUGAACGUGACUGUCUCCUGCCAAGCAUGGCACUCGAAAAACGCGCGCCACAUGCUCCUCGACAUCGUCGACUACAACGAACCCACAAUGCUGAUUGUGGGGUCCCGAGGCUUGGGUCAGAUCAAGGGCAUUCUCUUGGGCUCGACAUCACACUAUCUCAUUCAACGUUGUGCCGUCCCGGUCAUGGUUGCCCGCCGCCGGCUCAAGCGGCCCCCGAAGCGCUCCGCUCACCUUGCCAAGAACCGCAUGCAUGUUUCCCUCGCGGAGGCCGGGAUCGACAGAGUCGCUCCCAAGGUUGACCAGGACGUCGCGGUCAUGCGGGACGAGAUGCAGCGUGACGACGAUCGGCGGGGCGAGAAGGAGGAGAGAGCUAUCGAGGAGGAUGGCGAGGGCGAGGAGCCUGGGGAGGAGGGCGAAGGAGAUGGCGCGGAGGGCGAGGGGUACUUGGGCACUAAGGUUGCGGGUUGAUGAAACACGAGCGUAACGCUCGUUGAUCGCCUCGUGCGUCGAUUCUUCUGAGUCGCACAUGGAAGUUUUCUUUCUUUUCUAAUUUUUCCCUUCAUCGCACCCCAGAUAUGAGUGUGUCGCUGAAGCGGUGUUCAUACCUGAACGAUGAAAUUUUGCAGCGAGGUUACAACCCGUCGUGUAUAAUAACCCUAGACGAAUAUUUUUUACGAGUUGUAACAUUGUAGCAUUACAGAUCGAUUUUACUUAUUAGCUGUGGUUUGUCCGUUUUCCUCGCAGGCAUGGACGGUGUCAUGUAAAAUGUAGAUCUAGAACGAUUACUGUGGCUGAGUAAGGUACGGGUCAGACCCAGUAGUGGGUCACCCGGGGUUUUUCCCGCCAACCACAGCAGCUAUUGACUUGCUGUUUUCGCCAUCGUAUAGAGCAUAGUCGAAAG